UUUCUCUCUGCUCGGGGUUUUUAGCCGCUUGGUUUCCUCAGGUCUACUCUUCUGCUGGCGCGAGCCCUCAUUGGAUAACCCUCUUCACAAACUUGGUUCGAACUUCUGCUCCUAUUCUGAGAAGAGCCGGGGGGAGGGGGAGGAAACCGCAUUGACCGCCAAUCAACGUGCGCGUUGACGUAGCAGCCCAGACGUGCCGUGAAGGGCGGGGCCCGCGAGUAGCUAUAAAAGUGCGGUGUUGGGCGCGCGGCCGGCUCAGUACGGACGGGCAGACGUAACGUUGCGUGCGUUUUGUAGCGGGCGUCGGAGUUAGUGGGGAGCGGAGCGGGCCCUCGGGGGCCUCGCUAGGGCCACAGCGGCCGGCAGUUGGGCCCCCCGCCCCGGCCGGCGGUCCGAGGAGUGCAGGAAGGGGGCCGGGGGGACCCGCCCCGGCCUGUUGAAGUCAUGAACUCCAAUGUAGAGAAUCUCCCUCCCCACAUCAUCCGCUUAGUGUACAAGGAGGUGACAACACUGACAGCAGAUCCACCCGAUGGCAUUAAAGUCUUCCCCAAUGAGGAGGAUCUCACCGACCUGCAGGUUACAAUCGAGGGCCCUGAAGGGACCCCCUAUGCUGGAGGUCUGUUCCGUAUGAAGCUCCUACUAGGGAAGGACUUCCCUGCCUCCCCACCCAAGGGCUACUUCCUGACUAAAAUCUUCCACCCAAAUGUGGGCCCCAAUGGUGAGAUCUGUGUCAACGUGCUCAAGAGGGACUGGACUGCUGAGUUGGGCAUACGACAUGUGCUGCUGACCAUCAAGUGCCUGCUGAUCCACCCUAACCCAGAGUCUGCACUCAAUGAGGAGGCAGGCCGCCUGCUUUUGGAGAACUACGAGGAGUAUGCUGCCCGGGCCCGUCUGCUCACAGAGAUCCAUGGGGGUGCAUGUAGCACCAGCAGUGGGAGGGCUGAGGCUACCCGGGACCUGGCCAGUGGGGCUUCAGCCUCCUCCACUGACCCUAUGACCCCAGGGGUCCUAGGAGGAGCUGAGGGUCCCAUGGCCAAGAAACAUGCAGGUGAGCGAGAUAAGAAGCUGGCAGCCAAGAAAAAGUUGGACAAGAAGCGAGCACUGAGGCGACUGUAGUGGGGCUCUUCUCUCUCCUUCCCUCUCUUCUAUCCCCUCCCACUCUGUCUCUAAGUUAUUUAAAUUAUGGCUGGGGUGGGGGAGGGAGAUGGGGGUGGCACCAGAACCUGGAUUUGGUUUUCUAAAUAAAAAGUUGGAAAAGCAA